AUGCCUCUUGAGCCCCAUAGUCGGCGUUCAGCUGCCCGGCGGUUUUUUGGUCUGUUUACCAUCUCGUUGUUUCUGUUCAGCAUCGGAUGGACCGGCGUGCGUGCCGCCACUCGCCUCCCCCCGAUCGAGGGGUUACAGCUGGCUGGCGAACAAGCCAACAUAGGAUUCCUCAAGGAAAACACCAAGCCACCUGAUUUCUCCAAAUACAUCGACCUUACAAGCCUACCAAAGCAUGAGUUGCGUGCAGGAGGAGGCCGGAUUGUUUUUGUUGGAGAUAUUCACGGCAUGGACAAGCCAUUCAAGAAACUACUGAAAAAGCUCAACUAUGACGCCAAUCACGAUAUGUUGAUCCACACUGGAGACAUUAUUCUUAAAGGUCCCCAGUCCCGGAAGGUCAUACAGGAGCUUAUGCGGAUAAACGCCUUGGGUGUGCGAGGAAAUCAAGAUCAAAAGGUUGUCGAGUGGAGAGGAUGGAUCGAGUGGGUACUGAGCCAAGAGGGUGGAAAACCGUGGUUGAAGAAGAUGGAGAAACGAGCUGAGGCGCUGAAAAAGCCCACCAAAGAAGACUACAAACAAUUUAAGAAGGCUGCUUCUGCAAAGGGAUGGUCGAUACCUGAUGGUUGGAAGUUUGGAGAUCAAAUCUAUCAGCUUGCUAGGCAUCUUAAACCCGAAGAGUACCAAUAUCUGCUGAGCUUGCCAAUAGCUCUCCAUAUUCCGUCGCUGCAUACAGUCGUCGUCCAUGCUGGCAUCUUGCCAAUCAACCCCCGACGAAAGCUUGACUCACCACGUCAACCGCUCUCUCAUCCUCCCAAGUCCAAGCACAACAAGACCGAACCAGCUCUACGUCAUCUGCAGGAACUCGCUUUAUUCACAGACAUACCUCAGAAUACUGAUCCAUGGACGAAGAUGAACAUGCGAACCAUUCUCAAAAACGGAAAAGUUUCCCGAGACAAGGAUGGCUUGCCCUGGAGUGAUCUUUGGCAUAAGGUUAUCAAACUCUGCAACGGGUUUGAUGCCCAGCUCACUGGUAUCUCAAACUCGACGUUUGAGUUUGACAAAGAUGAUGGCUGGACUGAGUGGGUGGAGAGCGAGUUCAAGGGUGUCAAAUCACUCCCAUGUAAAGAUGUGACGGUUGUUUAUGGGCAUACCGCGUCUAAAGGACUGGAUAUCAAGAAGUGGUCCAAAGGUUUGGAUACGGGAUGUGUAUAUAACCUUCGACUCACAGCUCUUGUAUUGGGUCAACCAUGGAAAGCUGGGGCUUCCGUGAAUACCACAGUAGUAGUAGAUGAAGAUAUGUAUCAAGUGGACGAGGAGUUGGACGGCGAAAUCAUUUCUUUUGGUAAGAAGGGCCGCGGAAAGGUUGUUCAAUAA